AUGUUCUCAUUAUUCCCGAGCAUCCCUUUUCGCAGGAAUCUUCUUAGCUUUAGAACACGACAGCUUAAGCCUUUACCGCAAAACUGGAUGUCGUCGCUGAAGACAGAAGUGGUGCCCUCAGAACGCGAAGACACUUUUGACGAUGGAGUGCGUCCUUUCGAAGACAUCCCAGAAGUUAAUAGAUGGAAGUUCAUAUACAAUCUAUGCACGAAGACCGAGGGCUUUACCAAAUUUUUCAAAGAAACUGCGCGCCUUUUCGACGAACUUGGCCCCAUUUACAAAGACGACUUUAUGUUUACGCCCUUUAAGACGGUGCACGUUAUAGAUCCUGAAGAUUUCGCGAAAGUUUACCUGGCAGAAGGAAAAUAUCCAAGUCGGGCUAUGUUAGAUUUUUGGAUUGAACACCGCAGGCGGAGGAAUCAUUUUCCAGGCAUAAUUAUAGCGUGAGUAUACCAUAAAUAGCUUCCAACUGAGCAGUUUGCAUUGAGGUAUAUCCUUUGGCAUUUACUUGCGUGAGCAAUACUAAACAAAAUGCGGCUACUCCUUUUACUUUGGCCGGUGUAAAACCUAAGCAUUCUUGAAUCAAGUCGCUAAACGAGUUUGCAUCUUUGAAAACAUGGGUUAAGGCAGUAUUCCUUAGAAGCUUUUCAAUUAGUAUCACUUGUGAUAAAAUUACUUUAAAAAGUACAAAGUAUCCUUUAAACAACGGAUCAGUUGGACUGUCUAAAUUGCCCGACACGUUUUACGAACAAAUAAUGUGGUAUAGGUGUCUGGUUCAAGCUCUCACUGUUAUGUUCAAGGGUUAUCCGAUCCCAAUGACCUAAUAAUACAAAUAAAACUUUUAGUAUAUAUAUAAAAAAACUAUCAGCCUAUAAUCUUUGUAGUAAUAAGAGAAGUAGACUCAAAUCAGCCGGCCCCUAAGUUACUACUUUCAAGCACAAAUCUUUCUCUUAUAUUGCACGCUGAAUUUGGAAUAUUCUAUACCUCCUCAUGUCUCCUCUCUCCUCAAGAACUUAACCUGAACCAGAACAAAUAUCGCAGCAAUCUCUGCUCUAAAUAGUUUUCCUUACUGUGAAAUGGAUAAAUAGUCAGUUUUAUUCAUUUUCAGCCCCCCUUUGUAUUAUUACUAUGAAAACACGUACAUUCAGUUUGUAAUUUUUGUUGAUUUGUCACAGGUGCUAACUAGUCCAAAUAACUAUAAAGAAUGUUUCCGAACCCCGAAUGCUUUGUGGGGCGCCUAAGAAAGCCAGCUGCGUUGGCCAACACUGUGGAAAUCGCCAAGGCAUUUUACCGAAAUACAUUAUACAUAAAUUGCUGGUCAAUUAAUUCUUUUGGAAUUUUCUUGUCAGGGAUGGAGAGGAAUGGCACAGAAUGCGUCAAACUAUUGGUCCUAAAAUAAUGCGCCCCAAAAUUGUUGAGGAAAACAUGAAUAACUUUAAUGCUGUGAGCAAGGAUGCUGUGGCAAGGUUUAUCAAACUAAAGGAAACUAGUCAGGAGGAAGGUCACAUUCCUGACUUAGAAAAGGAAAUGAAACGGUGGGCUUUAGAAGGUAAGCUUAAAUCUUUGUCAGCUUUGUACCUUCUCUCCCAAGUGCGCACGAGAGUUAAUUCCCUGUCUGUACAGGUUAAAGCUAAGAAAACCUAAAAACUAAUUAAUUUUUUUUUGGCAAUUUAACAACUCUACAGUUGACCUCCUUAGUUGUGGCGCUGACAAGAUUCCGGCCACAAGGGUCGAGCAUACAGUGUAUCCAGUUAUUCUAUAAGAGACUCAUUUGUUAGGUAAUUGCAGUCCCAUGUUGUCCCUAAUGUUGAAGAGUUCCUUGUCGCGUGAGAAAAUCAACCUCACCUCUCAUUUCGGUAGUGGGAACAAUUAUAUAAUUCAUUAUCUGCAAGUUGUGCGUAAAAUUGAGAGAGUGUAGGUACAUAUGUAAAUGUCGUGACACAGAAAUGACAGAACGGAGAGUUAGCUCAAAAGAGAGGUGCUAACAGAUAACCAAGCCACUGAAUGCACAAAGUUUCGGCAAGAAAAUAAUGUGAAGAACGGCCCGCACUGGCUUAAGAGUCCUUACCAAAAGUGGUGCAGCAAUUCAUCGCGUUCAAAUGAUAGAAAUGUACUCUGUACACUCCCGUACACUGUUAACUCUCUUUAUCAAUAUUAUUCGUGAUUGCAGGCAUUGCUACAUUGGUAUUUAAUACUCGUCUUGGAUUGUAUGAAGAUCGGCCACCUCAAGUUGCACUGAAAUUUACAGAAGAGGUUAACAACUUCUUCGAACUUUCCCAUACGCUUUUAUUCAAUCCCUUUAGCAGAAUUGCUCGCCAGUAUUUUGACACACCAACUUUUAAAAAGUUUCUUGAGAAUGCCGAUGCCUUAAUGGAAACCGGAGAGGGUAUUGUUGACAAGACGACGAGGGAACUGAAAGAAAUGACAAAGAAUGGAAUUGAUCUGGGCGACGCCCAAGGUUUGUGAACAUACAAAGGGUCACUUAUUUCUUUUUAGAAAAAAGAAUGUGUGACAGGUACUAGAUCUAAAGUUAAGUAGUGCUUCCCCUACCUCAAAGUUUGUUAAACUCAAAGGCUGACAUCGCAAGAUAAUUUAGCAGUUUGAUUAACCCUCUGUUGUACAAUGGAGGGAAGUGGACAGCUCACCUCUCCCGAUGUUUUCUUUUCGUUGAUUUCGAAACAAGAUUGAGCCAAAAUAUCUUAUCUUAAGUCAAAGCUCAUUUUCUCAAACACAUUUUGGCAAAAUUUGGUGAGAAUUUGUUCCUGUGGAUUCGAAAUAUGACGCCAUGAAUUCGGCCAUGAGUUCAAGCCAGUUUUAGGCAACAUUUUUACAUUGUUUCGUAGGAAAAAGAAAAGCUUAAACAGCAAAAUGAACAAUCAAGACAAACGUUUGCAUUUUUCCCCUAAGAAUGCAAAUUGACAAUGCAUUACACUGCAUUACAGUGAAAACUUAUAAGACAGUGUAACUUUUAAUUUACUCCCUGUUAACAGACGUGAAAUAUAUAGCAUCUUUUUAACUUAUUUGAUAAUUAUUUUAUGCAGUUGUUCCACUUUUGACAUAUUUACUGAUGAAGGAAGGUCUCACCCCUGAGGAGGUUAACGUGCACGCCAUUGAUUUUGUCGGUGCUGGAGUUGACACGGUAAGGUAUCUCUCAAGUCACACAUCACUGCUAAAAAAAAUGAUGAGUGAAUUGAAGUAAAAAGACAACCUUGGAUAUUAAUGUAAAAAUAGAGGCGCUGAAAAAUGUAUCUAUUGAACAUAAAGGGAUUAAGUGUUUAUUCUCGGUUUAGUUUCUCUUAUCCUGAAUGAUCGAUCGGUUUUAAUUUUACCAAAACUACAAAUACUAUGCUGGAGCAUCAAAAACCCUUUCUCUUUCUCAAACCCCAGGUGCGGCUUAUUCGCUACCAUUUUGGGUACUUUCUCAAAUUUAACUACUAUACUUGGUUGAAGUUUGUAAGUUAACAAAACAAUCAAAAGUUUUUUUUCUUCUUCUUCUCAAAAUGAUGCAGACUUCAUUCGCUACUGUAUGGUGGUUGUAUAAUUUAGCGCGAUUUCCUCACGUUCAACAAAAGCUCUACCAGGAGAUAGAAAGUGUCAUAGGGAUAGAUGAUGACGUCACACCCAAACAUCUCACCAAACUACACUAUCUGAAGGCGAGUCUGAAGGAAUCCAUGAGGUAUUGUAAAACCACAUCUGAUAUUUUUACUGCAAUAGGCGGCUACAAUUACAUGUACUGUAGUCAGUACCUUAUCCAGAUGAAAAGAGCAAGCUGUGCUCUCGUGACAUUAAGUUCUUUUUUUUUUCUCUUUUCCAUUUUGCAGGAUUUAACCUCCUCCAAAGUUUUAUAAUAUCAAUUUCCUAGCUCAUCCGGGCUCUGUAAAUCUAGGUGGGAUGUUUUUCCACAGAAAUUCUUUAAAACGCAGUUGAAAUUCUUCGUGAUACAUGUUUGAGUAUUUUUGCUAUCUUUUUUGAAUAAAUCAUUCAGUUAUUUCGUCUUUGCGUUGCAUGAGAAAUCUCUCGCCAUGGUAUAACACCAUGGUAUCAUACCAUCAUACCAUUAUUAUCAUACCAUAAUUAUCAUAGUGUUCAUGAUACCAUGGUAUUAUAUCACAUUUGCCUGUUUUUGUAUCCAAUGUUUAGGCUGACCCCAAGUAUAACAUCCCUUACAAGAAUUGUGGAUCAAGAUGUUGAUUUAUCUGGUUACCAUGUUCCAUCAAACGUAAGUAGCAGGUCUUCAGUUUUGAUCCAAGGUGGUGAAAUGUUGUUAUAAAACUAGUGAGUGGCAAGGUCUUUCUCCGUAUGUUUCUCUUAUUGCGUCAAAACCAUUUUUUUCCUUGAUGUGUUGAUCCCACUAAUUUCUUUCAAACAGUGAUGCAAAGUAUCUUCAAUUAAUUAAUUGACAUAUACAUAGAUUUCAAGGGCUCUUAUUGAUGCGGCACAGGUCGAAAUGAUAGUUAGGGACAUGGAUUAUAACAUAAAGCUAGAAACUGAGUUCGAUUCAUCGGUUUUAUAUGAAAGCUGAAGUAUAACACCCAAUAGUGAUGGAAUCGCUUAUUGAAGAACACCAGCUUGAGUUUUUGCUACCCCAAAAUCAAAUCAAUUCAAAUCCUUUAUUUAGACAAGUAACAACCAGGAGCACCAAAGUGCUCGUUAAAAAGUGUACGUGUGUGCAAUUAAAGAAAAAAUGUAACAGCAUACUAGUAACCUAUACAUUAGUACUAUUAAAAUACUAACUCCCCCAGUGAAUCAAGGCUCGAACAUGUUUGAUUCCAAUUAAACCGUAUAUCUCUGGGGUGUUGCAGGAGAAUUCCCGAAAAUAACAUAUAGGUUGAGACAUUUUGCGACUAAAUACCUGUUAAGUCAUAGUCAAGUGCUUAUAUGAUUAUAUUAUUUUUUUAUAACUUGAACCUUUCUAGAGAUUUUAAGUACAUCUAACGAUCAAAUAGAGUUGCCCCAGUUUUAUUUUCAAUUAACCUGCAUGUCCUUGAGCACGCAUCCCAGGACAAUAUCCGAAAACAAUUCAUUCUAGUGCAAGACCCUUGUUGCCCUACACCCGAUCGAUGAAGCCUUGUUAUUGAUGUGCAGGAUUAAUAGAUGUAUAAAACAAAGUGCUGAAACGGUUAAGUUCUCAUUGUUAUCUUAAAAUAAUUCUGGCAGACUCUCGUACAGAUGGAAUUUUAUGCCACUACUCGCUCGGACAAGUACUUUAAAGACCCUUUGGAGUUCAAACCAGAGCGUUGGAUUAGAGAAAGUAAAGACGUUCACUCCUUUUCUCAUCUACAGUUUGGAUUUGGGCCUCGAAUGUGCGUUGGUAAGAAAAGAAGAAAAAAAACACCAUAA